AUUAUAAGUUUAUUGAGUUACAAGUAUAAGUUAUCAGAUAUUGGCGUCCUGUGUAUGUCCGUCCUCAUUGUGGAAGAUGCGUUAAGGUCUGCGUGCUGAUUAUGAGUAACCUGCACCUGCAGCCAUAUUUCAAUUCAAAGGAGGACUAUAACACGAUACUAGACAAUCUCAAGGCUGAGUUCGACCAACGUUGGCUACAUCAAGAGCCAUCGCCAUAUACAAAUUUAGAGAGUUAUGUGCAACGCGCCAUUCUUGGCAAUGGCAGCUUUGGCACAGUUUUGCUAGUCAGGGAGAAGCAUGGAAAGAAUUAUUAUGCCGCCAAAAUGAUGAACAAGGAUGAUCUGGUUCGUCUUAAGCAGAUCAAUCAUGUUCAUAAUGAAAAGACUGUGCUCAGUGCGGUGCGUUUUCCAUUUCUGGUGCAUCUAAUUGAUUCUACCAAGGACUUUGACUAUCUAUAUCUUGUUCUGCCAUUUAUUAACGGCGGUGAGCUGUUUACUUAUCAUCGCAAAGUGCGCAAGUUUAAUGAGAAGCAGUCGCGAUUCUAUGCGGCCCAAGUGCUGCUUGCUCUCGAGUAUCUCCAUCAUAUGAGUCUUAUCUACCGUGACCUCAAGCCCGAAAAUAUACUAAUGGAUGCUAAAGGCUAUAUCAAGGUGACUGAUUUCGGUUUUACCAAGCGUGUCGAUAAUCGCACUAGUACUCUAUGUGGAACUCCCGAAUAUCUGGCACCCGAGAUCAUUCAACUAAAGCCAUAUAAUAAGUCUGUCGACUGGUGGGCAUUCGGUGUAUUGUUGUAUGAGUUCGUGGUAGGUCAGUCACCGUUCUCGAUGCACAAUCGUGAUGUCAUAUUGAUGUACUCGAAGAUCUGCAUGGGCGAGAUGCGAUUGCCAUCAUUUUUUACCGCCCAAUUGAAGAAUCUCAUUGAGAACUUGAUGCAAGUGGAUCCCUCGAAGCGUUUAGGUAACUCACCCGAGGGAUCCACGGAAAUUAAGAAUCAUCCGUGGUUCCAGGGCGUUGAUUGGUUUGUGUUGCUUAAUCAAGAGAUUAAUCCUCCUUAUAUACCGACAGUGUCAAAUAUUGAAGAUUUGUCAAAUUUUGAAAAUUUUGAGCCAAAAUCAAAAAUGAAGUCCAAAAUAAAUCGCCAUCCCGACUUGUUUAGUAAUUUUUAAACGUUGGUCUAGAUACUUUUCUUAACUCAUUAGCCUGGGGUCAAAAAUCAUAUAGUCCUUGUAUUGAAAAUCAAAUUCAUGUUAUACUUUGAGAUUGUUUUGAUU